AAUUUAUGUUAAACCCUAAAACGCUUGUCAAUAGGAAUGUAAAACCCUAGAACUCAAAAAUUCAGCACCUUCGGCACCUUUACCCUCGUUGUCUUGAGCCGCAUUGAACUCAACUAACUUGCCGGAGCUCGCAGCCGAAGUUUCUCACCGGCCACCUUAAACAGCGACAAAACCGGCCAGGUUUUCCUUCUUUAUUUCUGUUGUGGAUUUUCAUUCCCCUUUCACUACUUAGAAAAUGGUGUAGUUGGUAUGCUGUAUUGUGUGUAUUCAAUCUGAAACCCUAAUUUAUUCAAUCAUCAUUUUCAUCCCAUUACCAGUAUUUACAUUGAUUCAGUAGAAAUUGAUAAAAUUGCACUUGAUUUUGAGAAUCAUCUAUUGAAAAAAAAAUGGCUGUUCCAAGUUCUGUUUUGAAGUUAGAAGAAAUUCAAGGAAGAGGAAGAGGAAUAGUUGCAUCUCAGCCUCUCAAAGCUGGACAAGUCAUCCUCACAGAUUCUCCAAUCCUUCUCUACCCUACUUACCCCUUCUCUCAACAACACUCUUCUUCUUUUUGUGAUCAUUGUUUCAAAUCUUGUUCCUCAUCUUCACUUGUUUCAUGCCCUUCUUGUCACCGAUAUCGUUUUUGCGAUUCGACUUGUCUCUCAAAAGCUCUCAAUUCCUCUCAUUCUACCUUUGUUUGUCAGUCAUUAUCUAAAUUACACUCCAAUUCGCUUCUCCUUCAACAAACCGUCGAAUGCCAACUCCAAGCUCGGUUUCUCAUUGCUGCUUACAAUCUUGCUGUUAACAACCCGACAAAUUUUCAGAUUUUGUUGUCUCUUCAGGGUUCUUUUGAUAAUGAUGGUGCAGCUCAGUUCUUACACCCGAUUAUUUCAUCGCUGUUUUCGCACCCGCAUAAUGAGUUGUUUUCUUUGCAACUCACUUCUUCACUUCUUGCUAAGGAUAAGCUCAAUGCUUUUGGUAUAAUGCAUCCUUUCUCUGAGAAUGAUGGACAUAGGUCUGUUAGAGCUUAUGGUAUUUACCCUUAUGCGUCUUUUUUCAACCAUGAUUGUCUUCCCAAUGCCUGUAGAUUUGAUUAUGUUGACGUGAAUCCACCUUAUCAUGCCGAUGGUCUUAAUAAUACAGAUUUUGUUAUUAGGAUGAUUCAUGAUGUUCCUCAAGGUAGAGAGAUUUGUUUGAGUUAUUUCCCUGUUAAUGAAAACUAUUCUAGUAGGCAGAAAAGGUUGUUGGAAGACUAUGGUUUUGCGUGUAAUUGUGAUCGAUGUAAUGUCGAAUCGAAUUGGUCAGAUAAUGAGAGUGUUGAAGAAAAUGCAGAGGAGGAUAAACAAGAGAUUAUGGUUAUGGAUGAUGAGGAGGAGGACGAGCAAUAUGAAAAUAUGGAACCAUCAGAUACCGACAAUAACGAUUUCCCACAUGCUUAUUUCUUUUUGAAAUACAUGUGUGAUAGAACAAAUUGCGGGGGAACUUUAGCUCCUCUACCACCUAAGGGUGAUGCAUUAUCUAAUGUAAUGGAAUGUAAUGUCUGUGGUAAAUUGAAGAAGGAUGAUGACGACAUCAAUGUCGGUGAUAAUGGGCAAGAUGGAGAAGUUCCCAUGGAGGACUAAGCAUUCAGGAUGGCACUUUUGAUUGAUGUGUUGUAGGCAUUGUUGCAUGUUGAUGGAGGGAAUUCUUUCUGGAUUUUCUGCAUAUUGCACUCUUUACAAGCUGGGACAGACAGAGCUUAAAGCUCAAGAAUCAAAUGAAACUUUUACUUAUGUUUUAUGUUUUAGUGGUGGCUGCUGUCCACCUUUCAGUUAAAAAAAAAAUGUUUUAGUGAGUGUAAUAUCAUGUUUUAUGCUCCGGUUUGUUGCUUUAUUCGAAAUUCUGCUUUAAAUUUUGGGGGAAAAUAUAUUAGGAUCUCAUUUUGAAAUACAUUAUACUUUUAUUUUAGAUAAUAAUAAUAAUGAUAGUCUCUUGCUUGAUGACAAU